AUGAACUUCAUUAGAGACAACCACUUGAGAAAUGAGUCGAAAAGCUUGUGCGAGGUUUGCGGUGACAAAGCCCGCGGCUGUAACUUCGAUGCCAUCACUUGUGCCUCUUGUAAGGAGUUCUUCAGACGCAAUGCCUUCAAACAAAAGGGUUUGAAAUGCUAUUUCCAAAACAACUGCACCAUUGAUGUGGUGUCGCGAAGAUUUUGCGCCUCGUGUCGGCUGAGGAAGUGCUUUGGCGCCGGUAUGAAGAAGGAGUAUAUUAUGAAUGAAGAGCAAAGACACGCCAGAAAAGUGAAGAUCAUUGAGAAGAAGAGGUCGAGACAUUCGCGAAAGAGUGACACCAUCUUUGAUCAACAUAUUAGCGAUCAAUUCGACCAAAUGAUGAGAGAUGAUGGCGAGGCCUAUCCUAUUAUGGAUCAAACGGAUCAGUUGUCAGAUGAGAGUCCCCUUCCAUCCCCUUCAUUGUCUCCGUGUUCGCCAUGUAUUGCAACUAAAGGUCCAAAUAGUCCGGACCUUCCCAUCGGAACGAUAGUCAGUUCCGAUGUCUUUGGUAUCGAAGAAAAACCCAAACUUUCGUUUAGAUAUUCAAAGGAAGAGAUAUUUUCAAAGAAUGAAAAGCCAGAGGAAAGGAAUGGCGAACAGAACACAGUGUCUUCGGCAGCGGGUAUGGAAUCGAUUACAAAACUGUUGAGUAAAGUAAAGGUCUGCAGAGAAAGCAAUUAUUAUCCGACAAAAUACGCCCUUCUGUGCAGAGCCGGCACUACUCGGGAACAGUUGAGUCCCAAAGAGAGACAUAAGUUGAAGCACUUGACGUCAAACAUACAGCUCAUGCAGGCGGAGACCAUCCAUGAGCUGCCCUGUAGUGGACGCUUCAUAGAUGUGCUCAAAAUCACCGAAAUUAUCACAUUUAUGUUAAUCAAAAUGUGCAAAAAGUUGACCGCUUUUCAAAAUCUGAGUCAAUCGGAUCAGAUCGCACUCGUGAAGGGCGGGUGUAUGGAGACACUCAUCUUGAGGUCCAUUAUGACCAUCAAUCUGGAGAAGGAGUGCUGGGAAUCGAUGGAUUUGGAGCGAAACUGCAAGUUCUCGCUGAAGAUGGAAGUCCUAAAACAGGUCAACCAAAAGGUAUACGAAGCGCACCGGAAGUACGCCCUGUCCUUCGAGCCCGAGUGGAGAUUUGACGAUAACGUCAUGUCCUGUUUGAUCGCAAUCUGCAUCUUCUCAGCCGACAGACCCAAUCUGGAGGACGUCGACGCCAUUCGCUCUGAACAACAGUGUUAUAUAAAUCUAUUGAAGAGAUAUCUGCAGACCAUUUAUGACGAGACCUUAGCUGAGAGUACUUUCCAUAAACUGAUGGACCAGUUGAAGAUCACCACAACUGUGAGCGAAGUUCACAUCAAAGCCUAUUUCGAUGUGAACACGAGUCAGAUCGAAGAGACCGGAAUCGGAAGCCUAUUGAUGGAGAUAUUUGACCUCAACUCCAGACACGCAGACAUCAAAGACCCCUAAACCACGAGAUCGAUGGCCAUCGAUAACAGGAAACCUUUUAAUAACUACAAUGAGAUCCGAAGCUCAAAGUUUUUCGAUCAGAUCAGACAUUUGAUCCCAAACUUUGAAAGUACAAUAAAAUAUAACGAAUACGUUUGGGAGGGACGGGAGGUGAUUGAAACCUCCCUUGUUGUCGAUAAGGGUUCAGUCAAUGAAUGAAUUAAUUACUUUAAUUAGUAUUUAAUGCAAUCGUAUUAAACGACUGACUUUUCAUUGAGUUUUCGGAUCGACUCAAUCAGAUUGGAUGGCAGGAGGACCGGGAGUAUAAGUGUUUGGCCUUAAAACACAUCCCAAUAUAACUCUAAUCCUAACCAUUGAGUCUAACUAUUAAUUUAGUCAUAAGUUUUCAAUUAUUCUGUCAAAU